CGCCUGCCUCCCGCCUAACCCGCGAUCGCUCCCCCCCUUCCCCCGCCGAGGCGAAGCUGGAGCCGCAGGAGAUCCGCCGGGCACAGGGAGGGGACAGGGAUGGGUUGUUUUCUCUCCCCCGCCCGCCCCGAGACCUGAGGAGAUGCAGCCCAAGUUCGCCGCGAUGACUCUGCUGCUGGCACCGAGGUUUCUCCGCGGCAUCGCAGCCUCCGGACCGCCUGAAUCCUGCUCCCUCUGAAUCGUCGGCGCCGGGUUAAAGCUCAGUUCUCAUGUUGUGGUUGCUGGGCUGCCGCGCUCCCGUUUUGCGAUGGGAGGUGGAGGAAAAGGGAUUGUCCGUGAGUCAAGACCGAAAACGUGAUUAGGAUGAACUGCUUUCACUAAUCUGUUUCUAACCUUUCAGUCCAUGUUGGCCUGUGACCCCUCUCAGCUUUCACAUCCAGCCUGAUCAGACCACAACACUGGUCUCCCUAUGGAAGCAACUGUUGGUAUCUGGCUUUGAGGUCCCAUGGAGAAGCUGAGGAGGGGGAUGGCUCUUCAUAUCCAUGAAGCCUGGAUACUUCUGAUUGUGCUCCCUGGUUUGGUCACUCCAGCUGCCAUCAAUCAUGAAGAUUACCCUGCUGAUGAAGGGGACCAGACCUCCAGUAAUGACAAUCUGAUCUUUGAUGAUUACCGGGGGAAGGGCUGUGUGGAUGACAGUGGCUUUGUGUACAAACUGGGAGAACGUUUUUUCCCAGGACAUUCCAACUGUCCCUGUGUCUGUACUGAGGAUGGACCUGUUUGUGAUCAACCAGAAUGCCCUAAAAUCCACCCAAAGUGCACAAAAGUGGAACACAAUGGAUGCUGUCCAGAAUGCAAAGAAGUGAAAAACUUUUGUGAAUAUCAUGGGAAAAAUUACAAAAUCUUGGAGGAAUUUAAGCCCUCGCCAUGCGAAUGGUGUCGCUGCGAGCCCAGCAAUGAAGUUCACUGUGUGGUAGCAGACUGCGCAGUCCCCGAGUGUGUCAACCCGGUCUAUGAGCCAGAGCAGUGCUGUCCUGUCUGCAAAAAUGGAAUUCCUGAAAUGGCCAGAUUUUAAGAUUGCACUUAAACCCCCUUCAGUCCCAGUCUAUGCAGUUGGUUGUGCAGAUGCAAGGGAGUGUGCCCAGCCAAGGAGAAGAAGAGCUCCCCACGCCGGACUUUGCUGGACUCCACCAUCCUCUCCCCAGGUCCUGGCAGCUGAGGCAGUAGCAUAGCACAGCCACGUCACCCUGCAUGGCUGGGAAUCACUGAUGGCAGCCAACUUGUGGGGCACUUGGUCACCCCCACGGCCACCACCCCCUGCAGGUGUCAGCCCAGGGGGCCACGGGAAGGACUGGAUGAUGCUCUUUGUGAUGACCAGCAGGAGUGUGAACUGUGGUGCCCUUUUAGCUGAUUUGAUUACCAACAGAAGAAAAAAAGGUUUGAUUUGAAAGCUGGUAGAAGAUCAAGAGUGAAAAUGAAGAGGUGUAUUUGGGCCAGGCAGACACCAACCUGACAAAAUACUCCAGUGCUUGCUUUACUGUUCCUUGAGAAGUCAUUUCCCUGAGACUGAUUGUCAGUGGAGCUCGUCCAUCUGAUCACUUCAGGCCAAGGGGUUAAAGGCAUGUAGGUGCUGAACUUGCUGGUGAGAAUCAGACACAAAAGCAUCUGUCAAGGGCUAGAUCCUCCAUUGCUGUGGAAAUCUCCAGCACUUGGAUUAUCCUGAUGCUCAAAUGCCCUGCUGACUCGAGGUUGGUCACAGCUGUUGGAAGAGGCCUCUGUAACAGUGCAAAGCUUUGGAAAAGUUCAAACCUCCAACAUUUGCCAUCCUGAUGUUAGACAGCACCAGGGAGGGCUGAGUUGAAUCUGCCACCUUCUGAAGUUUCAGAGGAAGUGAGACUGAGGGCGACAGGGAGAGGAAAAGCCUUUAGAGAACAAAAAAGCCCUGAACUGAGCAGCAUUUAAUGUGAUUAAGGCCAUCCCACAGCUCAGUGCUCACACAAAGCCAGGCUGCUGGGCUGUGCAGUGGCAGGGAUGCUGCUGGAAGAGCUCCAUUCCCAGGGAGCUGCAGCCUGGAGCCAGCAGGACAGCAGCCCCUGAACCUGGUGUGUUCACCUGAACAGGUCACCUGCUGCUUCCCAAGGCUCUGUGCUCUCUGCCUCUGCCCUGCAAGCAAGAAAGGGAUAACUCACAAAUUAGACACGGCAGGAGAAGGCUCUGCCUGACUGCUGAAGGCCAGGCAGGAGCUGAAAGCUGCCAGCCUGGAUUGGUACCCCAGGUCCUAACCAUGCCUCUGUGCUUCCACCACAGCAGAGCUCAGAUGAAUGUAAGAGGCACCCUGAAGGGAAGGGUCAGGGAGGAUCAUGAGGAGCCAUUUGUGGGACAGGACUAGCUCCAGAGCUCUCGUUCAGCAGACACUGCUCUCAGAAAUGUGGGAAACGUUACCUGCUCUGCAUUGCCCUUCAAACUCAGAAAUAUUUAUGAAGAAGCUUUUGUUCAUCACAGUUGCUCCCCCUUGGGGAGAUGUUGCUGAAGUUUGUGUGCACUGGCCUGUGAGAGUGGCAGUUCAAGGUUCACUAUCAUCAUGAUCGUGUCUUGUGGAGAAGGGCUGGGCUAGGCCUUUUUUGGAGGGGAGGGAAGAGUUCCCAGAUUCCAGCUGGGAAGCCACGUUCCUUUGCAGAACACAAGGAGCCUGGGCAGUACUGAAAUUAAAGCAGGCAUUGUGGUGCUGUUCCCCACCUGGUUCUUGGUGUGACUAAAAUACCAGAAGUGACUUGAUGAUCCAAUGACAGUGCUGUAAACCACUUUGCUGCAAGAGAGGCUGAAAGCCAAAUCCUGUGUCGGUGUCACUGGGUGUAGAACACAGCAUUGUUGUACUCUGAUUUACUCCAGCUGAUACCUCUGGGGGGCUCAGAGGCACUGCAGGGAGCUGGGGUGCAUGGUCAGGGUUCUGAAAGGGUUAGAGAGAGUUUGCUCUGGCUGCUCUAGAAGGUUGGGAUUGGGAAGCAUGUCUGUGUGAGAAGAGUGGCAGACACUGUCUUCAUGUUUUUCUAAUUUGAUGAAUGUUUAAUGCUUCCUUAUUGGAGCCUACACAUAUGUAGAGUAGAGGUCUUUAAGAAGGGGUUGACUUAUUUCAAAUAAUUUAUGUCUGAGCUGCUCCUUUUACAUGAAAUGCAGACUUUACAGAGCAAAGAGACUGUAAUGAAAAUAUGAAUUAAAGAUUAGAGCUAAGCAAGUCUGAGAACACUUAGAAUUAAGAAAGACACAAGUUUUCUCCUCCUGCUUCCUUUCCUUCCCUCCACCUUUCCUACAUCUCCAUCCCCUCUCCUUUGGCAGGGUGCUGCAUUCCAGGGCAGCCUUCUGUCCCUGCCACGUGGCACAGCUGGGUGCAGGACAGCAGGGCAUAGUUACUGUGUGGCCAUACUCUACCCCAGCCUGGCACUUGCCAGCUCACCCAUCACUUUGGCUGGAGAGUCUAAAAAGGAGGUUGAAGGUGUUUUUCUUCCUCUCUCUCCCCGAUUUGCUGGUGAAGUGCCUCACCUGGGCAGAACAAACAUUAGUGCAGUUUUUGAGGAGCCGUUUGCCAGAGGGACCCUCAGUUUGGUGCAGCGCAGCCAGGUGAGGGUGCAAGGACACCGUGUGUGGUGGCAGUGGUGCUGCUGUGUGACAGGGGUGGAGCUGGGCUGCCUGUGGGAGGUUCCUGUAGGACGGGGAGGGGCUGGGACAGUGCCAGCCAUCACCUAACUCCGUGUUGUGCAAGGUGCUCUGCUGUCCACAAACACCAGCCUCCAUCUCCUUCCCCCCCUUGGCCCACCCCCUCCCUCCCAGCUGCCCUGCUUCGUGCUCUGCCUUUGCACAGGUGCCUUCAGCUGUCACUGCAGGUCACCAGAGCCAGCACCAGGGCACUGCUCCUGCAGCACGAGGCGUCCCUUGCUCCAGCCUUGCAGCACAGGCUGCAAAAGAGCUUGGCUGGUGCAGGGCUUCCUUUCUUGCUCUCCUUGUUCGUGUUUUCUGCAGUGUUGAUCUGAAUUCCUGCCCAAGACUGAAGAGCUUAGGCUUGGUCAUGAGCAAAUAAAAGCCUGGUGGGAACGAGGAGAGGGUGUUGCUUUCUUUGCUGUGGCUGGUGGGAUGGGCCUGGGUCAGUUCUUUGCAGCUCUGGCCGUGUUGAUGCAGCUCAAGGAUAGAGGAGUCACCCAUGGGACCCUCUCAGCACUUUGCAAUGGGAGGGGAACUCCAGGAUGUCCAUUUUCCACUUGUGCCCACUUCUGGAAUCAUUAUCUCCUCAAGGAGCUCACUGAGGAGUUCAAAGGAAAAGGAGUCAUUGCAGACCAGUACCACCAUUGAUGCAAACUGGUGUAACUCAUUUUACAUCAACCAACCACAGUCUGUCCCAGUUACAAAUGUUUUGUGCCAGGUAGUGCUGGGAGGGAAGCAGUUUGUUAGAAUAAAUGGAGCAGGAGCUGAUGCUCCAAAAAGAGGAGUGCUGGUGUCCUGCCCAAGGAUCUGCAGGGAGCAGUAGGUCUGUGUGAAGAAGAGCACACAAAGUUCUCCCCAGGCUGUCAAAGUUCUGACUUUUUUCACUGCAGCUGCCUGAAAGUAUUUGAAGAAGAUGGGAAUAUGCUAGUCAGAAAAUGCUGACUCACUGAAAGCUCCCUGGGAAAAGGGCCAAUUACAGCAAACUCAGUUUGUACCUUAGAAAGGUUUGGGAAAAAAACUGGAACUGAUGAGAUGCCCCAUUUAAUGGUUUCAGAACAAACUCCCUCCAAUCUGGGGGGAUAAAAAGUGGUUUUAGAUGUAGAUCUUUAUUUUAUACUUUGGAAUAUUUCAAUGGAAAAGACAGAAACAAAGGGGCUUUUUGCCCUGUUAUUUCAGACAGCCUGCUCUGGUUUUUACUGAAAGCAGAAAGUGUUUGCACUUUUGACUUUCCCUCCCCAGGUGAGUGGGAGAGGAAUAGGAGAAAUAGCUCUGCCUGUGAUGGGAAAUGUCCUUCCUGCUUGGCUCUCCCUCUCACCUGGGUAAGUAACCAGGUCCAGGAUUGAUGGAAGCUGACAAGGAGAAUGGAAAGGAACUAUUUACAAAGGGCUGGAGUGACAGGACAAGGGGCAAUGGCUUCCCACUGGCACAGUUUAGACAUUUGGGAGAAAUUCUUCCCUGUGAGCGUGGUGAGGCCCUGGCACAGUGCCCAGAGAAGCUGUGGCUGCCCCAUCCCUGGAAGCUCUCACCACGUACAGACAGGGCUACAACACCCAGGCAGAGACUGAUCCCCCCUAACAAC